UGAGGGAGUGUGGAGACAGCAGUGAUUGAGAUCCUGCCCGGAGAAGUUUGCAGGCCACUCGAGAGUAGCAACAACUUGGAGAGAGGUGUGCAGAGCUCAUCCAUGAAAAGCGAGGGAAACAUCAGGCUCUGAGCUGCAGAGGAAGGAGCCCUGCAACCCUGGGUUGCAGACAGAUCAGAGGCACCCAAAGCUUUAGCCAAAGUUGGAUUUGUAGCUUUCCUCCCACAAAGCCCCUAGAGCUCCAGUGUGCAGCCAUGUCCCUGGCAGUGAAGGAGAAGAACCACGUGCGUCUGGUCUUCCUGGGUGCGGCAGGCGUGGGCAAGACGGCCCUGAUCCGCCGCUUCCUGCUGGACACUUUUGAGCCCAAGCACCGGCGGACAGUGGAAGAGCUGCACAGCAAGGAGUACGAGGUGAGCGGGGCCACCAUCAAGGUAGAGAUCCUGGACACCAGUGGCAGCUACUCCUUCCCGGCCAUGCGCAAGCUGUCCAUCCAGAACAGUGAUGCCUUUGCCCUGGUCUAUGCAGUGGAUGACACAGAGUCCUUCGAGAGCAUCAAGAGCCUGCGGGAGGAGAUCCUGGAGGUGAAGGAAGACAAGUUUCCCCCCAUCGUGGUGGUGGGCAACAAGGCGGAGGCCAACAGAGAGAGACAGGUGCUGACUGAGGAUGCCCUGUCUCUGGUGGAGCUGGACUGGAACAACUGCUUCCUGGAAGCAUCGGCCAAGGAAAAUGAGAAUGUGGUGGAAGUCUUCCGGGAGCUGCUGCAGCAAGUCAACCUGCCCAGCCGGCUCAGCCCGGCACUGCGCAGGAGGAGGGAGACCUUCCCAAAGGAGAACGCACUCAGACCACCCAUGAACAAGACCAACAGCUGCACUGUUUGCUGAGCUGGGCCAGGCCAGGAGGAGGAGCAGUAGCAGGAUGGACUUGAAACUCAGGUGGGCUGGGUAGAGAUGAGGCUGCAGCCACUAAAGUGGCACCCCUCCCCCUCCUAUUCCUUAUCCAGCCUGCUAAGACUGUUAAACUUGUAGAUCAAAUGAGGCAGGGGCCCGAGUCACUUUGACUCAGCUGACCGGCAUCUGCGGAGGAGGAGUGACUGACCCACAGGGAGCGUUCAGCAGCAGUCUCCGAAAGGAAAGGCAGGAACUGGGCGUGCCUAAGACACUGAAGUCUGUCUUCAUGGCGCUACAUGGGGGAUGGGGGGGCCUGUGUAGCAAGGGACAGGGGCAGAGAGGAGAGAGAGAGAGAGAGAGAGAGAGAGAGAGAGAGAGGGUUCAGUUAGGAAGCGUGUUGCAUUUGUGAAGCCUUUGAGCAUCCAUCAUGAGAGUUAGUAAAUACCUUAUGUCCCUGAAGCUCUGUGGUACAAGGGGGAGCAAAUGAGGGAGGUUCUUGUGUCACAUGGAGUGAAAAGCACACACAUGCAUCUGUGAAUCUGUAUUGUUUCUCACUGGUCCCAGUCCCCUGUGUUGGGUUCUUGCUCACCAGCCCCUAACCCUGUGUAUUUGUACACGUUUUUGUACAAGCUUCGUUUACAAUGAAACAACCAGUGUCCAAGGUAGUUUUGAUUUUGCACUUUGGGUAGCAUCACAGAGCACAAGGCAGGGCAGUCUGUGAACCAUCUGGUUUUUAUUUUGUUCUUUUUUAAAGUUGUAUCCAAUAAAAAAAAUUACAUUGCAAACUCAA